CCGCGAGCUCGAGCUCCCUCUACGCGCUGCGAGACGCGUCGCACGCUCCCAGCUUCCUCACCUCGCGGGCAACCACCAGUUUGCGAAUUGCAAAACGAUUCAUUUGCUCACAAAUAAGCUUACUACUUCAUCAAAGCUCUUUCCUAACUCUCGCGACUUUUGUCUCGAACACUGUGACGCGUACAAUCGCACUUGCUUUCAAAUUCAAAACACUGGAAGCUCUAGAUUCGACUUGCGCCUGCGUAGAUUCGCAACCCCAAACCAAUUCAAUCCCAACCUAGUUUUUCGGCUUUUGCUCCCAGAGGUAUCAUGCCCCGGAGCUACCUUCCCGAUACGUUAUGCAACACCAAUCGUCUGCUUUCCAUCAUGGCGAUCCCAAUGAUGUUGCUUCGUCUCGUGGCGAUUCUCCUCCUCCUCGCGCCGAUUCUACUACCUCUUCUGUUUUUCACUACAUCAGUGGUCGCAAUGAGGCGUACUCUGACGAAGACAUUGAGCUGGUUCACGAGAUUGUCACACUCGCCGAAGCCCUUUAUCCAAAUCUCCCGGAGCGCGAGCGCCUCCCCACCAACUCUUUGUUUCUCGCCGCCGAAGAAAUUCUCCCCCGCCAUGGCAUCGACCCGGAAAACACGCCGUCCCAUAUCGCCCGGCUCAUCUUUAAGAUUGGAGGGCAGCGAACUGGGAACACACUCAGCGACAAGUUCAGAUCUGUCCUAGGAGGACUUGGUAUUCAACUUGAAUUCAUCCCAAGCAGCCCAUCAGCAAGACCCGACUCCCGCUCCUCACUCGCGCCCAGCUACACAAACACCGACGACACACGCCUCAACCCGCAACGAGCCUUUGAACCUCCACGGGAGAUCACUAGGGAUCGCGCCGAUGGUGGAAGCGAUUCUGAUCGAGGAGAUACCGGGCGGACCCCUUCUCCCGUUCAAACCCCAGUCCCACUCGGCCUUGAGUCAAAACCUCGACCUCGAGCUGCUCAAGAACCCCCACACCUUGAUGCAGGAUUCGCACCCGUGGUGGAUGUGGAUAUGGAAUUACUGGAACGAAAACUGCAGGAUUUGCGAUCGCAGGAGGACCAUGAACUCGCAAAGGAAGUUUUCGGCAUGUGGCAUGCGAACGCCUGCCAAACAAAACGGAACAACGAUGAGCUCAACUCAAUCGCCGCCGAGUACGAUAACAACGAUCUCCUUGGCGAGGUGCUCGACAUCUGGAGCGAGGAGGCUGCCGCGGCGGAAGAACUGAGGCUCAAGGCCGAAGAUGCGGCCAAAUACGACGCAUACGUUGCAACGAUGGAGAAACGUGCCAGCAGAGUGUACGAAAUCGUCACCAUUCACAACGUUUUUGCGGAGUGGCAGGGGCGGGCCCAAGAAGAACGCGAGCGGACGGCGGUGGCACGCAGGCAUCUCGUGCGGAAGCGAACCUUCGAGGGCUGGCACGCGCAACACGUCGAAGACGAGACCAAGGUCAAGAACUUCAUUCUGAGCAACACCCUCCAAAAAUGGAGCCAAGUCGCCCUGCACCACGAAGUUCGCCGUGAAGUCGCCGCGCAGUGGCACCAGCAAGAACUUUGCAAGAAAAGCCUCCACGUGAUGUUGGAAGAAUCCAAGGAGCGCCUCGCAGACGAGUUCUACGCUGCCGGCUUGGCCGGACAAUGCCUAGACGUUUGGGCUGACAAGGCACGCGAUACUCGGGACGAGUACCAGGUGGCGGUUGCACUAGACGAGAGACUCGUACUCGACGAGGUAGUUAACAUCUGGCUCGAAGAGGUGGACGUGCAGCAGUACAAUGCCUACGAGUGCACGCGGCAGUGGCUGGUCCUGGGUUGUCGUCGAGACUUGGAUUACUGGCGGGAGCAAGCCAGACUUUCGGCUUUGUUGAAGCAGUACAACGCCGAACAGGAACGAGACACGAAGCUCCGAGCCCUAGAAACGUGGAGUAACGUCUUCGGCGAGACAAAACGCGAAACCGCUGUUGCCGACGCCUUCCUGCUCAAGGAGCCCAUCGGUCACUGGGAACGCGAGAUGAAGCUCAAACUCUUCAUUGAGCGCGAUGAAUACGAGACGAAGGCUGCUGUUCUCGGGUACUGGGCUCUCGAAGAGAAACUUGUCUGGUACAGAGGACAUUUGGAAACCAGAACCAAACGACAAACCCUUGAGACACUCUUCACCGCUUCCAGGCAAGCACGGGGCAAGCGCGAACGGCAUGAGGAGGAGGCGGAUUACGUUGACACAUAUUACACUCAAACCGAGGUGGUCGACAUUUGGCUUGAAGAAACCGAUGAAAUGUGGAAACAACGACAAAACGCCAACCUCGUGAAUCUCUACCGCACAGCCCGACCAUGUGUCGACCACUGGCGAGAGCGAUGCCAGCAGAGCCAGGCGCGCGACGGGUUUUAUCGGAGAAAAGCGGACAAACAGAGGGCCAGAUCCAUCGUGCUCAAUGUGCUUGACAAAUGGCCAGCUGUCGCCGAGACUACGCGGAGGGAGCGGAUGAUGAAUUCACUUCGUCAAUUUCGGCGAAAUUACAAAGUUGAGCUGGCCCAAGAAUGUCUCGGGAGGUGGUUGGAUGCCACCGCAGAGGCAUUUGAUGCGCACCACGAUGCGCGCCAGACAAAUCUCCACUACAAGCGGGAGGACCUCAACGACUGCCUCGACCUCUGGAAUCGCGCGGCAAAGAAGUCAGAAAACAUUCGGCAGAUCGCCGCAGAUGCCGAAGUCGAGAUCUACUGCGAGAAAUGGCAUGCGCAGCUCCACGAAGCGCAGGAGAACAUGCAGGACGCCGUCGAAUACGACACAGAGCAGACUCGAAAGCGCUGCUGGGAGAAAUGGGAAUUCCAGAACCUCCAGAACGAAAGCAAGCGCCAUAUGGCCAGCACGCUAAAAGACAAAAACGAAAGACGCGUUCGCCGUCGGAUCCUCGGCGAAUGGCAACAGAAAGCCGUCCCCGAGGCAGCGGCACGCAACAACCCCCACCUCAGCACUCUCUCUGCUCGACGCAGCGUCCGGCAGCAACUUGCCCGGUCAUCCACAGCUGCAACAGGCUUCUACACGGCCAGUCAGCUGGCUACUCUCCGCCCACGCGAUUCGGUUCCUGCUCUCGGCCCCAUGCCCGAAUUCGACGAAGAUCCUUUAAUACCUGAUAUGGAUGACCCCGGUUUUAUGAGCACACCGACGAGGUGGACAGGCAGCACGCGGACGCUAGCCUACCGUCCGACUUCGACGCCAUCGGCCAUUUUACCUUCACCACAUGAACGAGAGCUGAGGCGGCAGUAUGGUACUGGGGGUUUGAGGCCCAGAGUGGAGUUCGCCGAUAUUAAUGAAGAGUCAGCAGAGGACUUGUACGGAUGAUGAUUCUUUUUCUCUCCCCCCCUUUUGGGAGGGGUUUGGUCAUAGGGAGUUUGGUUGAAACGGAAGAGGAACAGGCUCAAACACUGCAUGGGGAAGACGUUGGAUUUAAGCAUAUCUGCUGGCGUUUGCAUUGGGAUUGGAAAAUGGGCUGCAUCGGUUGUUUUCAUUAGGGUCGUUGGAUAUACCCAAGACGUGCAUCAAGCAUUAAUAGGCGUUUGGAUUCUUGGGGCUGAGGUCCCGGUUUGUAUUAUUGGGGUUGGUGUUCUGGGGUGCGAUAGGCCCGGCCUAUGUGGCGUGGUUUAUGACAGGAAUAAGACGAAAGUCUGAAUCAAACGGUGGCUCAAAGCUGGUGACUCUACGUCUGCCCAAGAACAGACAG